GGGGGGUUGUGUAAUGUACCUUUUCCAAUCCCGGGCUGUAUAUGGAGAUUUGGGAUUCUUUAAACCGGCGCUACCUGGAUUUUAUUAAAAAGCGGGGCGCCCGGCGGGAGGAAAGCUGGCUUUCCCGGGGGCUGCGGGAGCCCGGCCGCGGGAGGGCGGAGGAGUUGGCGCGCCGCGCGCUCGUCCCGGGGAGCGGUUUUCUACCAAAAAAAGGAAAGGCGGGCAAAAAGUGUGAGCUGGCCGCGGGUGGCGAGCGGGAGCAGCGGCCGCGGCAUGGCGCGUUGCACGGGCGUCUAGGCGCGCCGGGAGCCCGGGCACCCGCCCGAGUCGUCGUCGCCGGAGCCCGGAGCCGCCGCGCCAGACGCCGGGUGCGCCGCCUCCUGUCGCCGCUCCGCCUGGCCGCCCGGAGGGGCCCCGCCGCCGUCCUCCCGCGCGCUCCGCGCCCCGCGCCCCGGCCGGCCGCCGCCAUGCCCGCCGCGCCCGCGCCGCCCGAGGACUCCGGGACGCCGCCGAGGCCGCACGUUUAGGUCGCCCUGAGCGAGGCCGGCGGGCCGGGAGGGGGGCUGGCCGCGGCACUCCGGCGGAGGAUGGAUGGCCGAGACUUCGGGCCCCCGCGGUCCGUGCACGGCCCCCCGCCGCCGCUGCUGUCCGGCCUGGCCAUGGACAGCCACCGCGUGGGCGCGGCCGCGGCCGGACGCCUGCCCGCCUCUGGCUUGCCGGGCCCGCUGCCGCCCGGGAAGUACAUGGCCGGCCUCAACCUCCACCCGCACCCGGGCGAGGCCUUCUUGGGCAGCUUUGUGGCCAGCGGGAUGGGGCCCUCGGCCUCCCCCCACGGGAGCCCCGUGUCCCUGCCCUCUGACCUCUCCUUCCGCUCCCCCACCCCCAGCAACCUGCCCAUGGUUCAGCUAUGGGCCGCACACGCCCAUGAAGGCUUUGCCCACCUGCCCAGCGGGCUGUAUCCGUCCUACCUCCAUCUGAACCACCUGGAGCCCCCCGGCAGCGGGAGCCCCCUCCUCAGCCAGCUGGGCCAGCCCAGCAUUUUCGAUACCCAGAAAGACGGCUUCUACCUGCCCACCCCCGGGGCUCCCAGCGCCCUGCACACCCUGGGACCCUCGCGGCCCCCCGGCGGCCACUCGUCAGCGGGUUCGGCCAAGAGCUCGUCGUCGCGGGAGCGCUCCAGCCGCGGGGUGGAGGCGCCCCCGCUCUUCAGCAAAAAGGAGGCCCGCGCGCGCGAGGACGCGCCCCGAGGGGUAGUGGACCUGACCCAGGAGGCCCGCGGGCCCCCGCGCCUCGCCGAGCGCCUGUCUCCCGGCCUGGCCGAGCCGGGGCUGCGGGAGGCCAAGGGCAAAGCGACCCCAGGCGGCCCGGGCGCCAAGGAGGCGGCCCGGCGCGCAGACCCGCUGCCGCACGGCGCCCGGCCCUGCCCGUCCCCGCUGCCCCCGCCGCUGCCACCCGGCCCGGGCAAGGGGCCGCCCGGGGCCUUCACGGCACCGCCGCCGCCCGCCAGCGUCUACACCAUCUUCCCCACAGCCGGGGCGCGCGAGCCGGGCCGGGAGCACCGCGUGGUGGCGCCCACCUUCGUCCCCUCGGUGGAGGCCUUCGACGAGCGCCCGGGGCCCAUCCAGAUCGCCGCACGGGCCCGGGAGCGCGAGGCUGGCCGGCCCGGCGUCCUGCAGGCGGCGCCCGGGUCCCCGAGGCCCCCCGACGCGGCCCCCGAGAAGAGCUCAGUGAUCCGGUCGCUCAAGCGGCCGCCACCCGCGGAGGCCCCGCCGGCCCGGACCGCGCGCGCCUCCCCCGACCCCCGCGCCUACCUCCCGACCAAGGACCUGCUCAAACCCGAAGCCGAGCCGCGGGCAUGCGAGCGUGUCCUCCGCGGCCCGUCCGCCACCUCCCAGCAGCCCGCCAAGCUCUUCAGCCUGGAGCCCGCGCGGCCGCCCGGCGGCCCCGAGCACAAGUGGAAGCCCUUCGAGCUGGGCAACUUCGCCACCACGCAGAUGGCCGUGCUGGCCGCGCAGCACCACCAUGCCAGCCGCGCCGACGACGAGGCUGCAGCCAAGAAGGCCUAUCUGGACCCGGGGGGCGCACUGCCCCGCGCGGCCGCCACCACCUGCGUGCGCCCGGGCGCCCCCGACCUGCACAGCGAAGCCUCGGCCAUGCAGAGCCUCAUCAAGUACAGCGGCAGCUUCGCCCGUGAGGCCGCCGCCGUGCGCCCCGGGGGCUGCGGCAAGAAGAGCCCGUUCGGGGGACUGGGCACCAUGAAGCCCGAGCCCGCGCCCACGGCUGGCGCCGCUCGCUCCCAGGCCCGCCUCCCGCACCCUGGCACCCCGGCCAGCGGCGGAGGCCGGCAGCUGAAGAGGGACCCUGAGAGGCCCGAGAGCACCAAAGCCUUUGGGCGGGACGGCCCCGGGGCCCAGGGCGAGGCCGAGGUGCGGCACCCGCCCGUGGGCAUCGCAGUGGCCGUGGCGCGGCAGAGAGACAGCGGCCGCCUGGCACCAGCACCCGCUGACCAGGAGCGCACCCUGCCCCUGAGCAGCGUCAAAGGGCACGGCCGCGCUGACGGGGACUGUGGGGACGAGCGGGCCCGGCUCCGGGAGGACCGGCUGCUGGCACGGCUGGACCGGGACCAGGAGAAGCUGCUGAGAGAAAGCAAGGAGUUGGCCGACCUGGGCCGCCUGCACCCCAACGGCUGUGCUGCCAACGGCCUGAACCCCAACCUCAUGGUGACGGGGGGCCCUGCGCUGGCCGGCUCGGGGCGCUGGUCGGCCGACCCCGCCGCCCACCUGGCCGCGCACUCCUGGCUGCCGCGCUCCAGCAGCGCGUCCAUGUGGCUGGCGGGUCACCCGUACGGCUUGGGGUCCCCUGCCCUGCACCAGGGCAUGGCGCCUGCCUUCCCCCCGAGUUUGGGGGGCUCCUUGUCGUCCGCCUACCAGUUCGUCAGGGAUCCCCAGUCGGGCCAGCUGGUGGUCAUCCCCGGCGACCACCUGCCUCACCUGGCGGAGCUGAUGGAGCGGGCCGCGCCCCCUCUCUGGCCGGCCCUGUACCCGCCGGGCCGCAGCCCCCUGCACCACGCCCAGCAGCUGCAGCUCUUCUCCCAGCAGCACUUCCUGCGCCAGCAGGAGCUCCUGUACCUGCAGCAGCAGGCGGCCCAGGCCCUGGAGCUGCAGCGGAGCGCCCAGCUGGUGCAGGAGCGGCUGAAGGUGCAGGAGCAGCGGGUGGAGAUGGAGGAGAAGGCCAGCAGGCGUGGCCUGGACGCUGCAGGCAAGGCGGCUCUGGCCGCUUCUGGCCCUGGACUGCUGCCCCGGAAACCCACUGGCCUGUCCGCGAGCACGGCCGGCUCCUAUGGCAAGGCCGGAAGCCCACCGCCCUCUCCCCGAGGGUCCCCGGUGACUGCCCUGAAGGCCAAGGUCAUCCAGAAGCUGGAGGAUGUGUCCAAGCCACCCGCCUACACCUAUCCCGCCUCGCCCGGAGCCCAUCCCGCCUCACCGCCCCCUGCCUCACCGCCCCCCGCACCCAGCAUCGCCCGCAAGGAGGAGGCUCCAGAAAACGUGGUGGAGAAGAAGGACCUGGAAGUGGACAAGGAGACCCCCAGCCCCUUCCAGGCCUUGUUCUCGGAGAUCCCACCCGGGUACCCGUUUCCUGCCCUGCCUCCGCACUACGGGCGGCCCUACCCGUUCCUGCUGCAGCCCACCGCAGCCGCCGACGCCGACGGCCGUGCCCCCGACGUGCCGUUGCCCGCUGACGGGCCCGAGCGCCUGGCCCUGUCUCCCGAGGACAAGCCCCUACAUGUGUCCCCCUGCUCGCUUCCCGAACGGCUGCGCGAGGACCCGCGGGAGGAGCCGCUGGCCGAGCGGGAGGUGAAGGCAGAGGUGGAGGAUGUGGACGAGGGGCCGGCAGAGCUGCCCCCGCUGGCCUCCCCACUGCCCCCCAACAAAACCCUGGCAACCCCGAGCCCUGUGGGCAGCUGCGGAGUCGGCCUCUUGGACACCCAGGCCCUGAGUGUGGGUCCGGGGGCCACGGAGACUUCUGGGGCCCCUGACUUUGCUGAUGGGCCGGACGCUCAGGCCGAUUCCCCAGACCGGACCGAGUCCUGCACGGCCGCCCCAGACUUGGGGGCACGGCUGACACCCGAGACCCUGGUGGAAGCUAAGGAGGAGCCUGUGGAGGUGCCCGUGGACGUGCCCAUGGCAGUGACCUUGGUGGAGGCGGUACCUGAGGAGGGGCUGGCCCCGAUGGCCCCCUGUGAGCCCCAGCCCAGCCUGGAGGCAGCGGACAGCGUCGUGCCGGCCGGGGACUCCGAGUGCCUGAGCCUGGAGGCCCGUGAGGCCACCCCACCGCCGGGGGCCAGCAGCUGCACCUACUUCCUGGAGGAGGUGCCCUCCGAGCCCUUCCUGCCCGGCCUGGAAGACCCUCUGGCUGGCAUGAAUGCGCUGGCGGCAGCCGCAGAGUUGCCCCAGGCCAGGCCUCUGCCGUCCGCAGGCCCCGGAGCCCAGAGCCCGGAGAGGCCAGAGACGCAGAGCCCGGCCCUGGAGCAGAGUGUCCUGCAGGGCAUCACGCUGCUGAGCGAGAUCGCGGGGCUGGAGCUGGAGCGCAGGAGCCAGGACGCGGGAGGUGCCGAGUGCAGCCCCGCCGUGCGGCCGUCCCUCGAGAGCCUGCUGGCGGCCAGCAGCCACAUGCUGAAGGAGGUGCUGGACAGCCCCUUCGGGGACCCGCUCAAAAACCUUCGGCUCCCACGGGAGCUGAACCCCAACAAGAAGUACAGCUGGAUGCAGAAGAAGGAGGAGCAGAUGUUCGCCAUGAAGCCAUCCCUGGAGCACAUGGACGCCAUGGAGCUGGACUUCCGCAUGCGGCUGGCCGAGGUGCAGCGACAGUACAAGGAGAAGCAGCGGGAGCUGGUGCGGCUGCAGCGACGCCAUGACUGCGAGCCGAGCAGCAAGGCCCUGUUGAUGUCCGAUGACUCGGAGCUGGGAGGAGGGAUGCGGAAGAGACACAAGGGGCCCGACGAGGAGCACGGGGGCCUCGCUGGGACGGGCAAAGCCAGGGGCCGCAGCCAGCCCUGGGAUGAGCACGGAGCCUCGUCGGACUCCCUGAGUCAGCUGAAGAUCAAGAAGAAGAAGAUGGCCAGCGACCAGGAGCAGCUGGCCAGCAAGCUGGACAGGGCCCUGUCCCUCACCAAGCAGGACAAGCUCAAGUCGCCCUUCAAGUUCAGCGAGGCCCCGGCGGGGAAGGCCAAGGCGGGCGGGGGCUGCGGCCGUUACCUGGCGCCCUAUGACGGCCUCUUGGUCAAGGACCGGAAGGCAUUGGCCAAGGGCCUCGGCCUGUCCCUCAAAGCCUCGCGAGAAGGUAAACACAAAAGGGCUGCCAAAGUCCGGAAGAUGGAGGCGGGCUUCAAGGCCAGAGGCCCGCCCAAGCCGGCCCACUCCCCGUUCGCCUCGGAAGUGAGCAGCUUCUACAAUACGGACUCGGAGGAAGAGGACCAGUUCCUGAAGGACGAGUGGUCCCCGCAGGGCCCCUCCAGCUCCAGGCUUACGCCCUCCCUUCUGUGUGGCAUGGUGGCCAAGAACAGCAAGCCAGCCGGCGGCCCCAAGCUGGCCAAGCGGGGCCUGGCGGCCACGCGGACCCUAGACCCGAAGCCGGCGGCCGGCAGGAAGCAGCCGUUCUGCUUGCUGCUGCGAGAGGUCGAGGCCCCGUCCCCCUUCAGUGACCCUUCGGAGGACUCCUCUGACCAAGAUGAGAGCGACGAGGACGCGCUGGACGAGGACGAGGUGGCCCAUGGCUGUCGGCUGGGCGCCCGGGAGCCGGCCCUGUCACCAGGCCUGGACGAGAGCGGGCUGGGGCUGCUGGCUCGCUUCGCGGUCAGCGCCCUGCCCAGCCCCCCUGGGGCCCCCCCGCUGUCCGUGGUGCAGCUGGAGGCCAAGCAGAAGGCCCGCAAGAAGGAGGAGCGCCAGAGUCUGAUGGGCACGGAGCUGGAGGUCACGGAUUCGGAGGGCGAGGUCAAGGUCAAGAUCCGGAAAGGCCUGAUGCGGCCCAAGAAGGGGGCGGGGGAGCCGGGCCCCUCGCUGCCCCCGCCGGGGACCCGCAGCACCGGCCCCACCAGCCCAGACAAGACAAAGCUGGCGGAGCGGGGGCGCAAGGCCCGCAAGCAGCGGGGGCCCAAGGAGCCGGGCUUCGAGGCGGGGCCCGAGGCCAGCGACGACGACCUGUGGGCACGCAGGCGCAGUGAGCGUAUCUUCCUGCACGACGCCUCGGCCCCGCCCCCCGCCCCCCGCAGCACCGCGCCCCCUGCCACCAAGGCCAGUCGCUGCGGCAAGGGCGGCCCCUUGAGCCCACGCAAGGACGCCGGCCACGCCCGGGACAGGAAGGACCCCAGGAAGAAGAAGAAGGGGAAGGAGGCAGCCUCCGGGGCCGGGCUGGCACCUCGAGUUCCUGCGCUGCCCGCUGAGGCCCGGGCCCCCAGCUCCGGCUCCCCUGCCUCCGCCUCCGCCAAGCGGACCAGAGCCAGGGCCAAGGGGAAGGAGGCGAAGAAGGAGGCCCGGGGGAAGGGCGGCGCGGUGAGCAGGCUGAUGGAGAGCAUGGCGGCCGAGGAGGACUUCGAGCCCAACCAGGACUCCAGCUUCUCUGAGGACGAGCACCUGCCCCGAGCCGGUGCCGUGGAGCGGCCGCUCACACCAGCGCCGCGCUCGUGCAUCAUCGACAAGGACGAGCUGCAGGACGGGCUGCGCGUGCUCAUCCCGCUGGACGACAAGCUGCUGUACGCCGGCCACGUGCAGACCGUGCACUCGCCCGACAUAUACCGCGUGGUGGUGGAGGGCGAGCGCGGGAACCGGCCCCACAUCUACUGUCUGGAGCAGCUGCUGCAGGAGGCGAUCAUCGAUGUGCGCCCGGCCUCCACCCGCUUCCUGCCGCAGGGGACCCGGAUCGCCGCCUACUGGAGCCAGCAGUACCGCUGCCUCUACCCGGGCACCGUGGUGCGGGGACUGCUGGACCUCGAGGACGAUGGGGACCUGAUCACAGUGGAGUUUGACGACGGGGACACGGGGCGGAUCCCCCUGUCCCACAUCCGCCUCCUGCCCCCCGACUACAAGAUCCAGUGUGCCGAGCCGUCCCCUGCCCUCUUGGUGCCCAGUGCCAAGCGCCGUAGCCGCAAAACCAGCAAAGACACCGCUGGGGACAACAAGGACGGCGCCGCGCCAGCUUCAGACGAGCCGGGUGCCAAGGCGCGGGGCCGCGGGCGGAGGCCCAGUGCCAAAGCCAAGGGUGACAGAGCCGCCAUCCUGGAGGAGGCAGGAGCCACGGCCGAGGCCCCGAGCACCCCGGCAGCACCAGAGCCGGUCAGUGGCGCCGCUGCCAAUGCCAAGAAGAGCCCCCCAGAAACUGUGGACAAACGGGCCAGAGCCCCCAAGGCCCGCCCGGCGCCCCCUCAGCCCUGCCCCGCGCCACCCGCCUUCGCCAGCAGCCCAGCGCCCGAGCCCUUCCGGGAGCUGCCGGCCCCUGCGGCCGCCCUGGCCCCAGCCCCCCUCGCACCCUCGCCCGGGGCCAUGCCCGCCUCCCGCCCCAAGUCCAAGAAGGCCCGAGCACCCGAGGAGCCCGCGGGCAAGGGAGCGCGGAGGCCGGGGGAGGCCGCCGAGCCGCUGGUCAAGCUGGACCAUGAAGGGGUGACGUCCCCCAAAAGCAAGAAGGCCAAGGAGGCCCUGCUGCUCCGGGACGAGCCGCGCGGCCUGCUGGCGCUGGGCGGCUUCCUGCCCGCCGCGGGCCCCGGCGAGGCCCUGGCCGCCGACGGAGACGCAGCACAGGAGCCCGGGCCCGGCCUCGCCUUCGAGGACCCAGGGGCUGCCAAGAGCCCUGACAAAGGCCAGGCGGGGCGCGACGGGGCCGAGGAGUCAGAGAGCAGCGACAGCUCUGAGACCGAGGGCGAGGACGGCCAGGCCUGCGCCUCCUCCUCCUCCUCCUCCUCCUCCUCCUCCUCUUCCUCCUCCUCCUCCUCUUCCUCCUCCUCCUCCUCCUCUUCCUCCUCCUCGUCCUCGUCCUCCUCCUCCUCCUCUUCCUCUUCCUCCUCUUCAUCGUCCUCGUCGUCGUCCUCGUCGUCGUCGUCCUCCUCCUCCUCCUCCACCACUGACGACUCUUCCUGCAGUUCCGAUGACGAGGCCGCGCCUGCGGCCGUAGCUGGUCCCUCGGCGCCUCCAGCGCUGCCCAGCAAAGCUCCGAAGCCCACCGGGAAGGUGCGGCCGGCAGCCCCUGCCGCCCCCGCGCAGCCCGCCCAGCCCCUGCCGCCCAAGGCCCCCGCGGGCGGCGGAGCCAAGAGCCGCCCCAAGAAGCGGGAGGGCGUCCACCUGCCCACCACCAAGGAGCUGGCCAAGAGGCAGCGCCUGCCGUCCGUGGAGAACCGGCCCAAGAUUGCCGCCUUCCUGCCUGCCCGGCAGCUCUGGAAGUGGUUCGGCAAACCCACCCAGCGCCGCGGCAUGAAGGGCAAAGCGCGCAAGCUGUUCUACAAGGCGAUCGUGCGGGGCAAGGAGAUGAUCCGCAUCGGGGACUGCGCCGUCUUCCUGUCGGCCGGCCGCCCCAACCUGCCCUACAUCGGCCGCAUCCAGAGCAUGUGGGAGUCCUGGGGCAGCAACAUGGUGGUGCGCGUCAAGUGGUUCUACCACCCCGAGGAGACCAGCCCGGGCAAGCGGCUGCACGAGGGCCAGUGGGACCAGAAGUCAGGCCGCAGCCUCCCAGCAGCUCUGCGGGCCUCUAGCCAGAGGAAGGACUUCAUGGAGCGCGCCCUGUACCAGUCUUCACACGUGGACGAGAAUGACGUGCAGACGGUGUCGCACAAGUGCCUGGUCGUGGGGCUGGAGCAGUACGAGCAGCUGCUGAGGACCAAGAAGCACCAGGACAGCGAGGGCCUGUACUACCUCGCGGGCACCUACGAGCCCACCACGGGCAUGAUCUUCUCCACCGACGGGGUGCCCGUGCUGUGCUGAGCUUGGCCUGCAGGCCCCGCGGGGGCGUGUGCAUGAAGGUCGUGAUGCCCUGCGGGGCGCAGCCCUGUGUGUGCCUGGAUGCAUGCCCCGUGCACGCGCUGUGGCCCCAGACCAUGAGGCGCCGGGCUGCCUCCAGCACCUGGAAAGCACUUGGGCGAGGCGGGUAGGGGCCCCGGCGGGGGGCCCCUCAUCUCCAGCCGCAGCAGCCAGGCCAGGCUGGCCCUGAGUGCCCGCACCUAGUGCCAGCCUCAGGGUAGCCAGACGCGGGGGCCCCCGGGGGUCAGGCAGGCCUGGCCUCGGCCUUGACCGUCACACUACAGACAACCAAUGGUGCUGAAACCCUUGGGCCGCCCAGGGGCGCGUCUGCCUGUACAGUUUUCUCCGCCCCGCCCGCCCUGUAUCAUAUGCCUCUAAAUGGAGUCGACUUUUUAAUUAUAUAUAUAAAGAUAAAUAUAUAUAAAUAUAUAUAAAUAUAAACUUUUUAAAACUGUGAAAAAAUAGAUAUGAAAUUAUAAAAAAAAAGCGAACAGUCUGACGUGCAGAAUAUUAUUUUUAUUUCCUGUUAGAUUGUGAGUGACUAGUGUCCGCUUCUCACCCUGCCCGCCUGCCUGCCUCACCCCAUCCCGUGUGGCCCCCCGAGGGAGGAGCCGGGCACCAGGGCCCCCCCCCCAGCGCCCCCACCCGGAGAGCAUCCUUGGGGCCGAAGCCCUCGUCCAGACAAUCUUAAGGGAAGGAAAAGCCAGACUUUGGUUUUGUUUUGGGGGGAAGAAUGGUGGUUUCCUUUUUGGUUUCUUGUUUGUUUGUUUUUUAAUUCUGUUUGUUGGCGAAUUCUGUGUGAUCAUUUUCAUAAAAAAGAAAAAGAAAAAAAAAGCCAAGAAAAAGUUAUCAUUGGAAAAGGA